AUGCCCAGUUACCACAUCACAUCCAGGCAAAAAGGACUCAAUGUAAUUGUAUCAUGGACACCAGGACAUGUCAACAUAGCUGGUAAUGAUGAGGCCGACAUCCUUGCAAAAACAGCGGCAGAGGAAGCAAAAGAAUUACCACCGGAAAAUAACGUCAUAACACUACAGGACGUCAAACAAGCAGCGUACAAAAGUACAGGAAAUAAAUGGCAGAGAAGAUGGGAAAUAUCUGAGAGAGGCAGGGACCUUUAUGAAAAAAUACCAACUACAAAACACUCAAUUAUGUUUGAUUUCCCAACUAAAAGACACUUCAGUAUAUUCGCCCAACUAAGAACUGGCUACACAGAACGCAACUACUACAAGAACCGAGUAGGCCAAACCAACGCCAUAGAGUCAUGCAAUUGUGGAGCACCUGAAACGCCUCAACAUUUCCUUCUUGAGUGUCCCGGCUAUGAAAACGAACGAGAAGAUAUGCUACACCAAAUAUCUAAAGAGGUCGGGAUCAGAAACUUGAAUUUAGCUACUAUAAUAACGAGACUGGACGGCGAGAACACAGAAGAAACAAAAGCCAAAUUACAAACAGUGGCGCAUUACAUUGACAGAACGGGCAGAUUUAAUACUGCUGUUCCUCAAUCCCAAUCUUAA